AUGAAGGAAGACAUGGAUCUCUCUGUUUUGCCCAAUAACAACCAUCCUGACAAAUUCCUGCAGCUUGACGUGAAGUCGUUAACGAGGAGCUCAGCUCUUCUGCAGGCCAGCCUCGCGAGAUUUCCGAGUGGAAAUUAUCCAGCUGCACAACACUGGCAAAACCUUGUCUACUCACAGAGAGAAAAGAAGAAUAUUGUUGCUCAACGAAUUAAAGGGUCCAGUAGGGAGGACCUUGUCAUUGCUGACAGCCCGCCCCCAUCCAUGACAUCAAUUAUGAAGAACAACCCACUCUACAAUGACCUAAGUUUGGAGGAAGCCAUGGAAGACAGGAAAAAGAAUCCUUCAUGGACCAUUGAGGAAUAUGACAAACAUUCUGUACAUUCAAAUCUCUCUGGACAUUUGAAGGAAAAUCCUAAUGACCUUCGGUUUUGGUUGGGAGACAUGUACACACCAGGUUUUGACACCUUACUGAAAAAAAAGAAGAAACACGACAAGAGAUCAAAACUGUGCCAUAUGGGGCUGAUAUUACUCCUGGUUACCUCCAUUCUGGUUACCAUAGUGACUAUUAGCUCUUUCUUUGCCUAA